AUGGUGAGCUUCAAGGUGGUCCUACUGCAGGCACUUGCUUAUCUGCUGCCUCUGGCAGCAGGAUUUCCGGCUCCCAGAGCUGAUGGACCACUCAAGCCGGUUGACGAUCCCUUCUAUGUUCCGCCUGCUGGGUUCGAGUCGGAAGCCCCAGGGACGAUUCUCCGCCAUCGCAAAACCCCGUUCCCUAUCGCCGCCUUCGGCUUUGCCAAAGUCAAUCUGGAGAGUUCCCAUCAAGUACUCUACCGCACCACCGACGCGUUUGGGAAGGCAGUCGCGACAGUCUCAACUAUCCUGAUCCCCCACAACGCGGACACCUCCAAGCUGCUCUCCUACCAGGUCGCACAGGACGCGGCGGACCCAAACUGCUCUCCAUCGUUCGCCUUCCAGCAGGAGUCUGAGAAUGGCAACGCGUUGUCCCUCAUCAUGCCGCAGCUGGAAUUCAUCUUUAUCACAGCCGCCCUGAACAAGGGCUGGGUCGUCACCGCUCCCGACCAUUUGGGUCCAGAAUCUGCCUUCCUAUCCAACAUCCUCUCGGGACACGCAGUCCUUGACAACAUCCGUGCGGUCCUGGCCUCGACGGAGUUCACGAACGUGACCUCCGAUGCGACAGUCACAAUGUGGGGCUAUUCGGGCGGCAGCCUGGCCAGCGGCUUUGCCGCAGAACUGCAACCAGAAUACGCACCCGAGCUGAAGAUCGCCGGCGCCGCCCUCGGCGGCACUGUUCCGGAGAUCCUCCCGGUCGUUGAAGCUACCAACAAGGGUCUGUUCACCGGCCUGCUCCCCGCCGGCAUUCGUGGUCUCUCCAAGGUUUAUCCGGAGAUCGCAAAGCUCAUCGACGAGAACCUCAUCCCUGAGAAAAGGGAAGAGUUCCAAAAGACAGACAACCUCUGCUUGACAGGCAACAUUCUGGAGUAUCUCGGCAAAGACGUGUACUCAUACGUGAAGAACGAAGACGUCUUCAGCGACCCCAUCGCAACCAAGGUGCUCAACGAAAACGCCAUGGGCCACAAUAUCCCGGGAAUCCCGCUGUUCAUCUACAAGUCCGCGGGCGACGAGGUCAGUCCCGUGAAUGCCAGCGACGCGCUGGUGGACAAGUACUGCGACGGCGGCGCGCAGCUGGAGUACAAGCGCGAUACGCUGUCAGAGCACGCCUUGUUGGAGAUUGUGGGCGCCCCCGACGCCUUCUUCUGGUUGGAGGAUCGGAUGGACGGCGCUCCCGCUGAAAAGGGGUGCAAGCGAUCCACGCAUUUCACGACCUUGGCCGACCCGAGGACUAUUGCUGCACUGGGCAGCGGACUAGUUCAGGUUUUGCUUUCCUUCCUGUCGUUGCCUAUCGGGCCGCCUCUGUAG